AUGCAGACUCAGUCAUUUGCCGCCAACCUCCAGCUUGCCAAAUACAACAUUCACUCACACGAUCUCCUGCUGCCUAGCAGCCACGAAACAGACGAAGACCAACUCCAACUCCUUUCUUAUAAUCCUACCCCAUACUUCCUCUUCUUCAUCAACGCAACCCAUUUCAAGGAGGAAUUCUUCAACUUAGAAAGCCGAAAACGAUUUCGCUUUUUCAAUCAGAACACUUUGCUCAUUAUGGCACCACGGCUAGAGCACGCAGCCGCUGCAGCCAGCAUCGGUAUGGAAAUCACUGGAUGGAUUAUGGGGAUGAAUCUUCAAUCUCAGGUUAUCCCUUCGAUCGGACAUGGUGUUUCGGCUAGAGAUGUUCCGAACGAGGAAAAAGUCCCCGACGGCGCAUUCGGACCAGUGAGAACUCCCUCUGGUUUCCCAAAACGAAGACCUUCCAUUACGAUCGAAGUCGGCCUAUCCCAAACCCUCCCACGUCUUGAGGAUACUGCCAAAUGGUGGCUUAAUCCGACGAAAAGGGGACGCAGCAGCUUGCAUAACCUGCAAAAUCGAUCGAACUAA